CAUGCCUCUACAGUAUAUAUACUGAUGGCUAAAACAGACUCUCUCACACUCACAGCUCACAGCUGACAUCUGAGAAAACAAACAGAACCCUUGGAUCAUCUUAAGAACCAUGAAGGUGCUUGUGGUACUUGUGUUGGCUGUAGCCACAGGCUGCCAAGCCAACUUGUUCUAUGCUGAUGAGCCCAAACCACAGCUGGAGCAACUGACUGAUGCUUUCUGGGACUAUGUUGCCAAGGCAACACACACUGCUGAGGACACAAUGAAAAUGAUUAGAGAGUCUCAACUCGGCCAGGAAGUCAAUACUAGAAUAACAGAAGGUGCCAAUGUGGCCAGUCAGUAUGCUGUCACUCUCCAGAAACAAGUCAACCCUCUGGCCCAGGAAAUCAUGACCAAAAUCACCAAGGAGGCUGAAGUUCUGAAGGAGCGUCUCGAGCAGGAUCUGACCACUGUGACGGACAAACUGGAGCCCUUUGCUGAUGAGCUGAAGACCCAAGUUCAGCAGAAAGUGGAGGAGCUGAGACUAGCUGUGGCUCCCUACGCUGAGUCCUUUGACUCUGAAGCUCUGAAAACUGCCGUGGUGCAGAAGACCGAGGAGCUGAGGGGAAGUGUGGAGGAGAAAGUGAAGGAGCUGCAGUCCAAGCUGGAGCCCUACAGUGAUGAACUCAGACAGAAAGUAGAUCAGCAUCUGCAGGAAUUCCAGAAAACCGUGGCCCCUCUGACUGAGGAUCUUCAGGCCAAGGUUGCUGAGAGAGCUGCUUUGGUUCAGCAGGGUCUGGCUCCCUAUGCUGAGGAAUGGAAAGAGAAACUGGACCCCUAUGCCCAAAACCUGAAGGACCAGCUCACCUCUCUUUAUGAGUCCUACAUCAACACCAACUAAACACUCCAAACACCAUUUCAUUCAUUAGGCUGUGUUUUUGCUGAUGUAAACUAUCUAUCAGACUGAAAUAACUUGCAUGAAUAAAGCAAUUGAUC